AUGUCCAGCAACAAUUACUUACAGCUUCGCGGCCGCCGCGCAGUCCUGCAGACCCCCGCCCGUCGGCCGCUCGGAACCCCCCCAGGGCGCCGCGCGGAGCAGGCGCCGCCGGGCAGCCCCACGGCUGGGGUCCUCGCCAGCAGAAGUCCGUCGCCAUGGAGACGGGGCGCGCGCAGGCCGCACUUCAGCGGCGCCCGCCCAGCCGAGGACAGUUUGGGGGACCGGGACCGCGGCUCCCAGCACCCAAGAGCGCUGACGGCGAACCCUUCGCAGGCGCGUGAUGCCUCGACUCGGCUACCGCCGUCAACAUCUCAGCCCCUACGGAGAGGGCGCCGGCCGACGGCCAACUGCGAAAGCACGGGUCUAGCGAGGGCACGGGGAGGGGCCUCGGACCGACCAGGUCUGUGGGAGACAUCCGCUUCCGGGGCCGCGGCCAUCGCAACCCUCCACUCGUCAGGCCCGCGGAACUGGACCCGUCAGCAGAAGCUGACCCCGGACCCUAGCGUCCCUGAGUCCCGGCUGCCCUCGCUCUGCCGCCCGCCUUCAGAACCAGACAUGUUGGAGCAUCUGAGCUCGCUGCCCACGCAAAUGGAUUACAAGGGCCAGAAGCUAGCUGAACAAAUGUUUCAGGGAAUUAUUCUUUUUUCUGCAAUAGUUGGAUUUAUCUACGGGUACCUGGCUGAACAGUUCGGGUGGACUGUCUAUAUAGUUAUGGCUGGAUUUGCUUUUUCUUGUUUGCUGACACUUCCUCCAUGGCCCAUUUAUCGCCGGCACCCCCUCAAGUGGUUACCUGUUCAAGACUCAAGCACAGAAGACAAGAAACCAGGGGAACGAAAAGUUAAGAGACAUGCUAAAAAUAAUUGA